AUGAUGGUAUUACUGGACGAUCUCAAAGUGGUCGAGGACACUGUCUUCCGGCGCUCAUUAUUUCUUGCGCUGGAGACGAUAUGUCAACGGUUAUGGCAUUCAUUCAAGUUGUGUUCGAUGCCGGCGGAUGGCAUACGACGGGCGUUUCUUCUUCGCAUCGUGCAAAGAAUAGGCUCACGUGUAGCAGAGAUGCAGUUCAAAGAGCAUGAACGAUGGUUCGGUGGUGUAAUGUCACGCCGACAAGCGUCAUCUUCAAAUUGUCAUCAAAAUAUCGACAAGGCUAGGCUUUUCAGCAUUAUCACGAUAUGUUUGGCCCUGUUCCAUGGAGGUGAAGACGAUGGCUUCAAGGAGCUAGACGGCGUGUUAGAAUCCCUGACAGUGCUUUAUCCAUCCAGUGAUGAUUUAGCGCGGGAUCUACUCAAUAGUGACGAUCGCUUUCUAGCAACGGUGUCAGCCUUAGUUGCGCUUAGAGAAAGGUUUUGCAAUAUUUUUGCCCAUUCUGUUUAUGUUGUGUUGGCAGCAUUUCGAGACAUACAGUUUGAUGCAAAGGUGCUCCUUGAUUGGAUAGACGAUGAUGAGCUGGGGUUCGAGACCGUUUUGGCGAUUGUAGAGAGUUUGAUAAAGGAUCGUGAAGUCUGGGAAAGCGCUGCUGAUCCAGAUAAAAGUGAACCUCUGCCUGCUAAGCGACAGCGCCUGUCAUCACCUAAUGAGGAGCCUCCCUACCGAACAAUGUAUAUAGAAGAGACGCCGGGUCCUUCAAGUGAUGAUGUCGUUGUGACAGUUCGAGUACCUUUUUUAGAAGGCACGGAAACCAAUAGUGAACAGACUUUUCGGUUUUCGAGGAAGCCAAUGAUUUCAACUGCUUGCCGAAUAUUGUUACCCAAACCGAGCUCGAGUGAUUUUUCUGCUUUGGAAGAGAUGAUGGUCGAUUUGAAGUUGAUGUUGAAUAAAAGAUUGUUGGAGUCCGAAGAGCUUAACGUGAACAUAGAAAGACUUCGUAAUGCUUUAUCAAUGUUUCUUGGCGAGGAAGGUGACAGUAGCGAUGAAGGGGAGGAGGAGGAAGACGUGGAAUGUUAG